GUCAUGAAGCAAGCAUUGGACAUUUUCAAGGACUCAACAAUUGCCUCAAAGACCGGCAAGGACAACCGUUCUCGUUUCUGGGGCCUAUACAAAAGAGUCGUUGAGGAACACGACGAGUUUCUUGAGCGAUACAACAGCGACGUGGACAUCGACCUGGUA